AGUGCCGAGUCACAGCGCGCGCACGCUUCGUCCUAACCCGCACCCGGGGGGAGCACGAGGUUGCGGCGUCACCGGCGAUCGUCGCGACGACCGGGCGACGUGGGUGCUGCGCGUCGGCACGUAGGUGUUAGGUGUUACAUCUGCUUUGUCCGCGGGACCGCGUGCGCCACGCGCAUCCUUGUCGGGGAACGGAAGACUGCCUCCACCUCGCUCGGGUGACGUGUGCCGGGUCGCGGAAGCGGACCCCCGUUGCGCUUUCCGCGCCGCCGAGACUGCCGAGACGGAAUUUCCCUCUUCAGCACGAAGAAGAGCAUGUGAGGUGCGAGGACGCGCGCUAGGUUAGUUUCGCCCCCCGUCCCGUGAAUCGUUCGCGAGUCGGUCCUCGUCGGCGAACGCCCGCUACCCCGUUCCCUCCAAGCCGAGAGGAUCGCCGAGUGUCGCUCGAGGGAGCUUCCGCGAGAAGCGGCAUCGAGGAGAAUUCGUGGACCGCGCGGCGUGGUACGCCCGACCUCGUGCACGGGUCCCUCGGCGAACCUCGUGUUUUUAUCCCCAGUCCCCCCCGUUUGUACGACGUCGUGCGCCGCAAGAUGGCGGCGAAGCUUGCCAGCCAAGGUGGCGCUCGGAGCGGCGAGCGGCAGGAGGCGGGGCCCUGCCAGUCCUACGCCAGUGUGCUGAAUCCGAAAGGUGCCUCGCAAACUCGGGCGAGCUCGUUCAAGAGCAACAACAAGGAGAACAUAGACGAUCAAGUGACAGUGUCGCAGCAGCAACUCCAGCAGCAACAGCUGCAGCAAAACUCGCAGCAGCACCAGCAACAGCAGCAUCAGCAUCAGACGGCGACAAAUGCCAAGGACAGAAUAGUGCCGGGCGUGAAGGGCGGUAAGUCCUAUCAGAGAUUCACCCGGUGUCCGCAACCUGUCGCGGAGAAGCGCGAUCGCCACGGGAGCCCGUCGAGCAUGCCGGUCGCGCACGUCGACGUCGUUCACGGAUCGGCGUCGGCGUCGGCGUCGGGAUCGGUGUCGUCGCGCGAGGACGAGAACGGCGGCCAGCGCGACGCCGAGCGGCUGAACAACGGCGGCGUCGGCAACGACGGCGAGUUCCAGACGGUCGCCACAAAGGGCGCCCGGCGUAAGGAGAAGAUGCGCGAGCAGUAUCGCGAGAGCUCCCAUCGGGAGCGUCACCGGUUACGUGAGAACAACAACCGCCAUCAGCCACCACGUGGUGCUGCCAGUGGCGUCGGGGGCGGAGGCGCCGGUAGACGCGGCAGCGACGAGAGGUCGCACAGAGAGCGCGCCGACCGCAAUGGCGUCCUCGACCACGGCCCGAGAGAGGCCCAUCAUCACAGGGACGAGCUGGGCGCAGCCGAGGCGGAGGCGCACGCGGCGUCCCAGCAACCGCACCCGCCGGUCAAGUACGUCGAGGCCCCCUUGCCCGCGGUGAACCCCUGGACGAGAAACCGAGUGACGCCGGCGCCACAAACCGCCAAGACUGUACCCCCGCUGCAGCCGCAGCCUCAGCUUCAGCCUCAGCCUCAGCCACAGCCACAGCCACAGCCACAGUUACAGCCACAACCGCAGACGCAACCGCCCGACGUCCUAGCGGCAUCCACGUGUGCUGACAAGCAGAGCGAUAGAGAGAGGAGAGUGUCGCAACCACAGCCGCAGCAGCAGCCGCAACAGCAUCAGCAACAGCAACAGCAGCAGAAGCACCAGCCACAACAGCAGCAGCAACAAGGUGCAAUUGAAAAUGGUGUUGAAAGCAGUGCCCAGCCCACAAUUGUCAGAGCUCCCAGAGAUAGGAGGAAAUUCAAUCAAAACGCAAGCGAUUUUACGAAUAUUGGAGACUGGCCUACUUUAGGAACACAAGAGAGGAAAGCAACUGUGUCUCCUCCAAAACAAAAUGGUGUGCUCAAUGGUGAACCAAGUACUUCCAAGGCGUCCAACACUAUCGAGAGCAAAGGCAAGGAGAACAAGGAGCAGCAAAUUCACUAUCAAGACGAUAGCGACGAGCAUAUGGAUAACGGCGAAAAGAAAAAGAAAGCGAACAAACAAAAAUGGGUCCCGCUUGAGAUUGACCUGGCGCAGAACCGUGGGACUAUGCGAUCACCGAGAUUUCAAAAUCAUAGGGAAAGAAAUGGCGAAGCGAACGACGGCGAGCACUGGCGUGAAAGGGACUACGAUAGAUCGACGGGAUAUAAUUCACGAGGACGCGGCGGGAGAAAUUACAGAGGUAGAGGAGGACGGGGCGGGCGCGGACGCGGUGGUUUUAGACACCGAUACGAUCAGGAGUUUACGAAUUACGCUACGGAUGUACAGACCCAAAAAUACGAAUCUACGGAUUCUGGAUAUAUGAUACCUUAUAUGGGAACAUGCUAUUUUAAUAAUGCAAAUUACGUAGAUCCUAUCACAUUAAAAGAAUAUAUACGAAAGCAAAUAGAGUAUUACUUUUCUGAAGAAAAUCUUGUGAAGGACUUCUUCCUACGUCGUAAAAUGAAUGCUCAAGGAUAUUUACCUCUCACUCUGAUCGCAUCUUUUCAACGUGUACAACAUUUAACGAUGGAUAUAGAACUGGUGAUAGGUGCAGUUUCAGAAUCUGAUAAACUGGAGCUGUUACAAGAAGAAGAUGGAUAUAAGAUUAGAACAAGUUUCGAGCCGUCAAAAUGGCCUAUCUCGGAUAUAGCCAGUAAUAUUGCCUUUUCAAAUCCCUUACUACAGCUUGUCCCAUUUCAAAACGAAGUAAUUCCUACCUCUGAAACUACAUUUUGUCCUGUCGCGAAGCCUUUACCUACAAUGCCUGCUCCCCCAGUACCUCGUGUGUUUGAAUCUUACAAUUCCAUUUCAACAGUAAGAAGACAUAGCGAAUCAGAAAUAAAUCCUUCGUCGAUAAACGAGAUUCUAAAUCCUAAUGUGCCAGAGUUUAUACCGACAACAGAAAGAACUAAUGAAUUUACUGCUACAAAUAAAAAUAAUCAAACGAACAAGAUCCGCGAUAAAAUAAAGGAAACAUUGGCAAUGGCAGAAAUGAUGAAUCUUCUUCCUAAUAAUAAUCCUACGAAGACAAAGGAAAAUUAUAAAUCACUGGCUACUAUAGAUUUUACUAUAGAAAAUUUAUCAGAACGACUGAAUGGAGAAUCGGAUUCAUCAAGCGACAAUACUUGGAAAGAGGUGAAAAGAAGAGUCAAACACAAGAACAGAUUAGAAGAGAAAGAGAAAUCUGAAAUCGUCAAAAAUGCAGUACGAGAAGAACUGGAUUUUCAAUUUGAUGAAGAACUCGACUCGCCGCCACCGACUGGUCGACUUAAUGCUUUUUCAGAAUGGACCGAUGAUGAUGACGAUAACGAAUUGUCAGAUAAGGAUAUUAAUAAAAUAUUAAUAUUCACACAAAUCAGCCCCGCGUCAUCUAGAAUCCCGAAGCACGAAGGUUAUGAUAGAACGGGAGAUUGGACUACAAGAGUAAAAAUGACUCAAGAGUUAGUACAGGCUAUCAACGACCAAUUACAUUAUUUCGAGGAAGAAUUACGGAGACAAAAUUUUCAAAGAUACGGCUCUUCUUCGUCCAUUGGGAGCUACAAAACGGUCAAUGUGGUCAGUCAGGAAGAUUUCGAGAAAAUGGCACCAAAAGCUCCAAGAAAAGCGAAUCCGGAAGUUCCACCGCCGCCUCCUUCCGCUAUAGAAGAUUUUGAAAUUUUGCAGUCGGCUUCGUCAUUACAGGUAUUUCAGCUUCCAAGUGCAAGUCCAGAUAAGAAGGAUCACAGACCGGAAAAGAAUCGCUGGAGCGAUAAACUGUGUGCCAGAGAAGGGCGAAGAAAUGCUGCGCCUCGCUUCUUCGCCGUUGUGAAAGAUGGACCUUCUGUUGAUGAGAGGACGCCACGGAAAAGGAAGACCCGUCACAGCAAUAAUCCUCCAGUGGAGCAUCAUAUCGGCUGGAUUAUGGACGUUCGAGAACAUCGUCCCCGAACAUAUUCCACAGGGAGUAGCGCAGGCACAAGUCCUAACGAGGGUUACCUUGCUAGCAGUUACGGAAGUGUUCCCAGUAUCUGCGAGCAUCCGAGUCACGCUUUGUUGAAAGACAAUGGAUUUACUCAACAAGCAUAUCACAAAUAUCAUUCGCGCUGCUUGAAAGAGCGCAAACGAUUGGGUAUCGGACAAUCGCAAGAGAUGAACACUCUUUUCCGUUUCUGGUCGUUUUUCUUGCGCGAAAAUUUCAAUCGUACUAUGUACGAGGAAUUUAGAACUGUAGCCAAAGAAGAUGCCUGCGAAGGAUACCGAUACGGAUUAGAGUGCCUUUUCAGAUUUUAUAGUUAUGGCUUGGAGAAGAAAUUUAGACAUACGUUAUAUACAGAUUUUCAAAUGGAAACAAUACAAGAUUACGAAAACGGACAGUUGUACGGAUUGGAGAAAUUUUGGGCGUUUUUGAAAUAUUACAAGAACUCUGAUCAGCUUCGUGUGGAUCCUAAAUUGCAAGAGUACCUAUCAAAAUUCAAAAGCAUCGAAGACUUCAGGGUAGAAGUACCGCAAAUAUGUGAAAUGCUCAAAGCUGCAAGAAUACGUAAUAGAAGUGUUUCUGAAAGUGCUAGAGAGGAUACACUGACAAACAGAGAAUGUCUACUCUCAGACGACUAUAAUACACUGCCAAACGCGCAAGAGUCGCAUUUAUCGCAGCUUCGAACUAGGGCUGGUUCUUUUGGUUCUAAAAUGUAUCAUUUUCGGCGACGGAAUGACUCCACGUCGUCUAGCAGCCAGCGAGAUCUCAGCAAGCAGCAGUCUCGAAAUCAGAGGCAGAGUUCUGGUUUCUCCACGAAGCCUUCUGAGGCGAGCAAAUCGCAAGUCACUGCCAGAGAACGAACUCAAGUCAGUUCCAAGUCCGAAGCGAGCAAAUCCGUCACGAUUAAGACAGAGGGCUCGUCUACUUCUCAAAAAUGAAGUCGUGCGACGACGAGAUUUCGGAUAAUCUUGUAAAAGUGGCAGAAACUCUUGAAUCGCCCUCAAGACGAAGUGGCGAUAGUAUUUUUGGUAAUACAUGUUAUUGGGAAGCAGUUUCGUAACCGCAAGAGUGGAAAUCAUAACAGGUCCUAUUUGUGUGAUCUUAAAGAUUAUCGCUAGGGAGUAUGCAAGUCUCUACAAGGUAAAUUUAUGAUCUAGAUUUAGAACCGUGAUUUAGUGUUUAAGAUCGUAUCUACCGAUAUUUAAACCCCUCGGCAUGGUGGCGCGUUGCGAAAGAUAUUUUCACUAGCUUCUUAUAUUGUUUGCGCUGUUUAAAUACGUUACGAGAUACAACUAAAGACAGAAAAACGAUGAGAAUGCGUGUGUGUGUACAUGGAGCAAAUAACGAUGGGAAUGUAUAUAUCCUAGUUCUUUCAGUCACGCUUUUAUUUCAUAUAUCUUAACGCGUAUGCAAUAGCAACGACUCGAACAGAUGAACAGUAUCGUACGUGUGCGGAAACGUGCCGUAAGAUACUGUUUGCUCAAGCGAAUUUGUUUGAUGUACAAAAAGAUGAAAUGCUCUACCUUCAUUUAAAAGACAGCAUAAAGACUAAAUAAUGUAUUUAACGAAUAAGCGCCUAAAUAUUACAUUACAUUUGACUACUGUAUUAUGUAAAUUCAGAGACUAAUCGUAUAAUUCGUAAACACUUGGUUGUGUAGAUAUAUAUCUAUGUAACUGAUAUUGAAUUUAUACCGUCUUUUCUCUGAUUAUCGAAGUCACUUAAGCUCCAAUUUUUUCGCGAUUAUUUGACAUCUUUUAUUGGAAGAGGCGCUCUUUUUGUUUUUCUUUUUUUUUAUAGCAGAAUUUUUCUUUUUAUAGGAGACAAUUACACACGUCCUUUAUAUCAUUGAAAUAUACCAAGAAUUUACUUAGUCUCGAAGUGGUAGCAGUUAAUUGUUACAUUCUGAGCUUCUAUUUUAAGACUCAACGUAAUCGUGGCGUACUUCCAUGUAAUAAACAUAAUAUCUAUAUAUUAUAUAAAUAUCUAUAUAAUAUAUAUGAACUUUGCCAUAUAUAUUUUUCAUAAAAUGUAGACGUAUGUGUCACAGAACAUUCAUGUGAACAUGACACAGAUCUUACAGAAAAGUUAACGUUGUUACAUUGAUCUCCGUGAAUUUUUUUUAGACUCUUCAAUUCAAAGCCAUCCUUUGGAAUCGAGCUUUUAGAAAUCACUUAACGAAUUCUCAAUAUGCUAUUCGCACUGAUCAAGUUUGCAUAUAUUUAUACGUACGCUGUCUACGCAAUAAUUAUACAUAAAAAAUACAUUUCGAUGAAAUGAAAGCGUUACGAAGAUCGAUUUAUCGUAUUUAUUUCACAUCAUGAGAGGGAGUGAUGCGCUCGUCGAGUAACUUGUAAAUAGAAAAAAAAAAUCGAUACGCACUGGUCGUUUUUAUCAGUCGAUCAAUCAAACGAAUUUUGUAAAUUGUAUCGAUGGUUGUUCUUUAUUCCUUAAGAAAAUUGACGAUCGGUCACGCUAGACGCUAUUUGUAAAAUGCAUAUUCGAAAGGAUGAUGAGACGCUUUUGUGCGAACGCAGGGGACUGUUAUACCGUUCGUAUCCUAAUGUCGUCCUGAGCAUACUAGUCACGCAUCGAGCCGUUACAUACUAUAUUACACAUUGUUUACAGGAUUUAUACAAAAAAGAAAGAAAUUAAGGUUACCGCGAUAACACGGUAUGAGCAAUAACGCUUGAGCGAAAGUGAACGGUGGUAGCGUUGAUUAGCAAGAGAAUACUAGAAAGGAAAAGAUGCCUUUGUGAAACGUGAAACGGCUGUAAUCUUCGUCGUUUCAAGUAGCUUCGAUUAUGUUUUUUUUCCGUUGAAUAUGUUAUUACGUGAAAAAUCUGUAUGUUUAAGUAACAGUCGUGUAACGUUACGCACGGCGGGCACACUUCUGACCGCGAUACCGAAUGUUUUUAUUCGUUCGAGCGGCACGCGUAAAAAUGCCUUUCAAAAACGUCUCAGUUGCACAAUAUUCAACAUUAGCAUUUCUCGAGACCGAGUAGAAAAAUGAGGGAACAGAUUUUGCGUAACGUUAAUCGCAAUAGGCGGACGGGAUAAAACGCAAAGUCAUUCGUUUCGAACGAAUUGCAUUUCUCCGUGUAAUCUUUUGUGGAUUUUUUUCCCGUCUCUCUUCGUCUUCCCAUUGUUAUGCCAACCGAAACUUUCUUUCGCUGUUAGGCAGGGCAUAACACAAAGAAAAAUUGAAAUUCUACGAAGACGGAAUCGGGCUUCGUAUAGUAUCAUCGAUCGAGAUUACAAAUUAGAGUAUCGAUACAUCUUUAUGGACGACACUUAAACGUUGAUAGUAAUAAAGAGUUAAACGCUACAAUAUCACUCGUUAAUUAACUUUUGAUUUUGUGAAUAUAUAAAUUACGAAUAUAAAACGACUAGAAAAUUCAGUAGGACUGAACCGUAAGGAAUAAAAUGCGUAUCACUCUUGAGGGAAUAAACGUUUAUUCUUAACUAACAAAAAAGAAAGAAGAAGAAAGAGACGCGCUCGUCGACACGUUGCUUCCGUGAGGGCACAGUGAUAGCGAAAGCUGACGAUGAUUUUUAAAAGAGGCGACAAUCGAAGGUCUCUACGUCUGUUCGAAAACAAGAGCUCGUCCGCAAAAAAUGAGGAUUCAACGCGCGAUCGCGUUGUUCAAUUUGCAAGCAAAAAAAGAAUCAAUUAUAUUAUCAGCGCGAUGGACUCGUGUCUCGUCUGUAUUGGUAUAUUUCGGCUGUACAACGAAACUGCGCAUGUUAAUGUUUAUCAAGUUACCACGAACCGAGAAUGAACGCGAAGACGAGAGAAAAUAAAAGCGUUUUUGAGCUCGGGGCGGGAGGGAAAGAAGGGGGGAAAGAGAGAGAAGAAUGAUUGUCGAACAGACGAGGGGCAGUUGUUAGCACAAAUAAUUUUCCUAUCGAUUUAUCAGUCGCGAUAUAAUAAAUAUGUACAGACGAGUGCCAGGCGAGAGAGUGGAGAUAAUAAAAGUAAAUCGGAACUACGUGCUCAUUGAUUAUUGUACAUAUUUUCAUAGUUCGAUUUUUAGCGAUUUAGAUGUACCUUGUAGGUUUUUAAGCCAGUGACCAUAGUUCUAAGCUAUAUAACACCUUUAUAUAGCGUACGAUUAAACGAGAUAUAAGAUCUUAGUUCGAUAAGUUUACAAGCUAGAUGUAUCGAUCGGCUUACAAUGUUAUUCAAGGCUUGUUUCUCGUGGCGUGCUUUGGCAAUCGUUAAAUACGGGAGGAGAAUACGGGAAUACGCUCCGAAGUAAAACGUCGAUGUUCGAUUGGAGAAAGGGAGAAAAAAAAGGAAGCAAAGAAAUCGAGAAGUACUCUCGGCGCCGAUUUUUCUCACUGUAAUUGCACCGUUUCUAUAUCUAACGUACGUUAUGCUAUCACGCAACGUUGUUUCCCGCCCUUUUUUUUUGCAGAAGAGAGACAGAAAUGUAACAUAAUGUACAUAGUUUUUACUUAAAAUUGGUGAACAGCCACGCCACGAGAUCGACCCCAAAUGUAAAAAAAAGAUUAUUAUAUAUACAUAUACAUAUAUAUGUAUAUAUAUAUGUAUUACAUAUUGCAUAUAUAUAUAUAUAUAUAUGUAUAUCAUAAGUUCUUAUAUUGUUACUUAUAUAUCGCUAAUGAAUCUUAAUUUUUACAUUUAAGGCGUAUGAUAAAAAAAAGUGGGUGGGGUUAUUGGUUUUUAAUUUUAACUUUAAGAAAAUGUAUAAAAAAAAAAUAUUUCAUAUAAAGAUUAUACACUACUAGAUCGCAAGAGAUGAUUAUGUUUACGUACCAGUGUGGAGAUGUGGUGCGUUUUGAGGAGGGACCGUAUUAUAGUAAUUUUUCGAAUCAUUGGUUCGUUUUUCACUAAACUUAUCUUCCUUAUCUUUAUUAACGAUCUUUAUCACGGAUUUAGAUCUGUCGCUUCAAUUCUGUCUUUUUCUCGUUUUUCCCUUUUUUUUUUUUGUCUUUUUCGUAUCGUUACUUAGAGUCUUUCAACGAUUUGAAUAAACUCGCACUUAACGUUACGUUUCGCCGAACGAAAAAAUAAUCGAUUAAGACGCCCUUUCUCGAAUAACAUAUAGCUCUAUAAAUAGAAUUAUAUAUUUUAUAACGUUACCAUUUUUGUAAUAGUGCCAUUUUUUUUAUAUACCUUGAUAUAUAGCUCUCGUUUUUUUUUAAUUAGCGACACGUCGGCGAAAAAGAGAAAGCAAAUUAAAGCGUCGACUUUGGAAGAGGCAGAAUUUGUUAGCGAGAUCCCUCCUUGAACGAGCACAGGAAUGUGAGUGAUUUUUACUGAGAGGCAUCCUCAGCGGUGAGAAGAGACGAGCGCAAAAUUACAUUUACACAGAGACGAAUCCGCGCGUAUUGUCCUCGAUCAAUCGUCAAUCGCGAUCCGAUCUCAAGAGAUAACGUUACUUAUGUUACGCAAUGUGUUACCCAUGAUAUGUUAAUAUCUAUCGCCAAUGUGUCAUUUCUCACUUUAUCGCGGUGUCCGUUUCGUACGAGGUACAGGGAAAUCCUGCUUGUGGUACCGUUCACCUCAUUAACUUUUUUUUUCUACCUUACGUUGUGUGCAGUCAUUAAUUUUAUUGUAAUUGAAUCGCGAGAUCGGCGUUGCGUUUGUGCGAAAUUAUUCUAUACAAAGUCUAGUCGCUUUAGCCGAUUGCUCUAGCCCCGGUAUCUCUCUCGUUGGGAAUUUAAACGAGACCCCCGAGGCUUCGCCCGGGGACGUACCGAACUCGGAAAGGGCGUCACUUCCUUCGGGCUGCAUUUUCGUUCCGCGUACAAUAGUGCCUUCGAGAAGAACUUGAAACUUCCGGACUGUUAUAAAAAGUCGCAGUUACUCAUGCAUUUCCAGAUGGUGCACAAUAAAGAGGAAGAAAAUAGAGGAGGGGAGGAAAUUUAAAAGAAUAAUAGCGCCGCGAAUUUUAAGGUAGGAUAACGUUUUAGAGGAUCACUAGGGAGAACUCUCGUAGCAACCAAGGGUCGGUCCUCGGAAAGUGCGAGGCCGCCUAAAGAUAAAGGAUGAAUCUAUCAAGUCCAAGCCUUUCGUUGAAGAUACGAUGCCACAUAUUUUUUCAAAUUCCGACACGGAGCCGCCUGGAUCGGCAGGAGAUCCUCGGGGGAAGGGGGGGGAGGCGAGAAGACAACCCCAGGUCGACCAGUCCACGUGGCUUCGCGGGACACAUUAAGCGCGCAUCGCGCGACGACUGUAAAUAAUAAAAAAAAUAAUAAAAAAGAUACUUAUAUAUAGAUAUACACGUACGCUUAUACACACAAAGUAAAUUACAGACGAACGCCGGCUUAGGGAUUCGGGAAGAGAGUGAAGAGAUUAUAAAUCGUACGCAAAGGGCCCCCUCCUCUCGGAGGGGCCCCGAGUGAUAAUGUAUUGUAUGACGCGUGUAGGAUGGCUUAUGCGAGCGUGGACGACGUAGUCGACAGUUGUAACGUUUGUGAAUACAUAAAAUAAAACGACCAAAAAAACCGAA